AUGGCAUCUGAUAAGAAGAUUAAGAUCGGUAUCAACGGAUUUGGAAGGAUCGGUCGUUUGGUUGCAAGAGUUGCUCUUCAAAGAGAUGAUGUGGAACUUGUUGCUGUUAACGAUCCUUUUAUUUCUACUGACUACAUGAAAUAUAUGUUCAAGUAUGACACAGUUCAUGGUCACUGGAAGCACAGUGAGCUCAAGGUUAAGGGUGAAAAUACCCUUCUCUUUGGGGAGAAGGCAGUCGCUGUUUUCGGCAUCAGGAACCCAGAGGAGAUCCCCUGGGCUCAAGCUGGUGCUGACUUUGUCGUUGAGUCCACUGGAGUUUUCACUGAAAAGGACAAGGCUGCUGCUCACUUGAAGGGUGGUGCCAAGAAGGUUGUUAUCUCUGCCCCAAGCAAAGAUGCACCCAUGUUUGUUGUGGGUGUCAAUGAGAAGCAGUACACUCCAGAUCUCGACAUUGUUUCCAAUGCUAGCUGCACUACCAACUGCCUUGCAACCUUGGCCAAGGUCAUCCAUGACAGGUUUGGAAUCGUCGAGGGUCUUAUGACCACAGUUCACUCAAUUACUGCCACCCAGAAAACUGUUGAUGGUCCAUCAAAGAAGGACUGGAGAGGUGGAAGGGCUGCUUCCUUCAAUAUCAUUCCUAGCAGCACCGGCGCUGCCAAGGCUGUUGGAAAGGUUCUGCCAGCACUCAAUGGAAAAUUGACUGGAAUGUCCAUCCGCGUUCCUACCGUGGAUGUAUCUGUUGUUGACCUCACCGUCAGGCUUGAGAAGAAGGCAACAUACGAGGAUAUCAAAUCUGCUGUCAAGGAGGAGUCGGAGACUAACCUUAAGGGCAUUUUGGGUUACACUGAAGAGGAUGUGGUGUCCACAGACUUCAUUGGUGAUAGCAGGUCAAGCGUAUUUGAUGCCAAGGCCGGAAUUGCUUUGAACGACAACUUCGUCAAACUUGUCUCUUGGUAUGACAAUGAAUGGGGCUACAGUUCACGGGUGGUUGACUUGAUUGUUCACAUGGCGAAGGCUCAAGCUUGA